UCGCUGGAUUCCGUAGUCAUUCGGAAAACAUGGCUUCCCACACACGCAAGGCGCUUCUGUCCCUAGGUCGAAUAAAUGCUUCUAGUCUUGGUCAAGCAAGCAGAGCCUCAUACGCGACGGAUAAGCCUUCACAUGCUUCUGCUGGAAAAAAAGGCUUUCCCGAUAGAGGCGGUCGAGGAUUCGUAAAAAGACCCAGGAGACCUGUCGGGGAUCCCAGGACGGAGAAGAUGCCGGUAGAUCAGGACUGGACUGCAGUUUAUCCAUCGGCAACCUCCUUCAGGCCGAACGCCGUCCCCCUGCCUCUGAGGAUGGGCUACCCUAUGAAGAGAGGCGUUCCUCCAGAGAAGAAGGGCAACUUGGAGCUGAUGAAGAUACCCAAUUUUCUGCAUUUGACACCGGUGGCCAUCAAGAAACAUUGUGAAGCUCUGAAACCCUUCUGCACAGAGUGGCCCUCCGCCCUGGACGCCGACGCCACAUGUGACGAGCACUUCCCCAUCAAGCUGGACAGCACGGACUACGUGUCCGCCGGCCCGUCGGUCCGAAACCCUUUGGCCCGCGUGGUUCAUCUCCGAGUGAAGCUGUCCAGUCUGAAUCUGGACGACCAUGCACGCAAGAAGAUGCUGAAACUCAUCGGGAAUAAAUACUGCAAAGAUACGGAUGUAAUCAGCGUCACAGCCGACAGCUGCCCACUGAGACAGCAGAAUCAGGACUACGCCAUGUACCUGCUGACCGUCCUGUACCACGAGUCUUGGAAAACGGAGGUCUGGGAGGCCGAGAAGAGCGUGGCCGACAUGGAGGAGUACAGCUGGGAGGACAGCCCGUCCCAGAGGAACAUCCUGGACGUGCUCGUGCGCAGGAAAGCGGCCGGCGAAGGAGAGGGCGAGGAGGUGCGAGAGCAGCUGCUCGGCAGGAGCGAGGUGCAGGAGUAUAAGGACUCCGUCACGAGGUUGAAGAACGAAGGAGAGAGCGAGAGCGCCGUGCUGCAGUACAAGGAGGCGGUCAAGAAAGUGUUCAAUCUGUGAUACAGGUGAAUGUACAAAUGUAUUUAUACGAAGAAGCAGUAGGGUCCAUUAAAAAAACAAAAAAACAUUCAAUAUAUCUGGUGUAUCAUUUUGGACUCCAUCUACAUACACGUUGCAGAUUACUUAAGAUAAUUACUGUUUUAUUACAGUUAUUACAACCUCAGGGGUUGUAUGAUGCUUAAUACAAAAAUAAAAGCCCAAUGUAAGCUGUUGAGUGUUCUGUCUUUAAAGUGUGUGUGUGUGUGUGUCUUUUAUGUAAUGAAAGCCCCAUUCAGUCCGAGCCUAAACUCUCAUCCCACUCUGGUCGCUGUCAGGCAGAGGAGUGAAAGGAUGCUUUCAGCAGCAGCUCGUUGAAAGGUACCUGAAGGAGGUUUUUGGGCCGUGGCCCUUUUAGGUCAGAAGAAACCCGAUGCACUGCGGAGACGUGCUCGGACUAAAGGAGGGUUAAACACUGAGGGGCCACAAGGCAAAAAGUAGUCCGUCAUCGCACAGUCAAAUUAGAGCAGUUUUUUCUUUUCUUUGUUUCUUUAGAAGUGGCCAUUAAAUCCCACUUGAGUCCUGGAGGUUUGGAAACAACAUCAGCUUAAACUCAUUGAAGUACAGCAGGAAUGUAUUUCAGCCAAACGGACGUCAUCUCGUCUUUCGGCUGCGGGCAAAGCCGUCGACUGAGUUUGGCUCUUCUGUCCGAAGAGUCAUUGCAUCACGACAACCCCGUGUUUGGGAAUCCCGUCAACCUGUUCAGUGGGAAUAGGGUGGAAAGAUUCAACUGAUACAAAUCCAAAUAAAACGUCCCCAUUUGAUUAUUUACAUUAAAAAAAAAUUGUAUCAAGUUUUGCAAAACGAUGUGUUUUAAUAUGCAAAUGAGGCAUUGUCUUAUUACAUAUGUGCUAAUUUGCAUAAAGCCAUAAAAUGGCCAAACAGCCACUGAAGAUUUAUAUCAUAAAAUUAUAUAUUCUAAAACAACAGAUGGGGUAACAAAAAAAGAAAGUUGAUUACUCAUGACUUUAAAUUAGGGCUGUGAAACGAUUAAAAAUUUUAAUCGGGUUAAUCACAGGUUUUUGUGGAUUAAUCAUGAUUAAUCACAUAUUACCGAUAUUCUCGGUAUAUUUUGUGAGAACAUAGAGAUUUAUGACAAAAGACGGAUAUAUACAUUUAUACAUUCUUCUAUUCAAUGGUGCUGCAACUCAGCAGUUAUUUAGCAGUUUUCUUCCAUAUGGAACAUUAAUACAUCUUCAUCCUAAACAGAAUGUUUAACCCUCCUGUUAACUUUCGGGUCAAUUUGACCCCAUUCAAUGUUUAAUGUCGGUGUUCUUUGGGGUCAAUUUGACCCCAGGCUGUUUUUCACUGUCAAACAUAUAAGAAAUAUCAACUUUUUUAUUUAUUUAAAGGGCUAUUUAGGUAGUCAACAAACAAACAUAAAGUACCUCACACUUAAACUUGGGAAGCAAUAUUAAUUCUAAUAAUUUUCUGGAGGUUUUAAUUGCUGGGGUCAAAUUGACCCCGAGGGUAAAAUAUGUUAGUAAAUGUAAAGGUAACAGGAGGGUUAAACAGAACAUGUUUCUCUUGUUUGUCAACCAUUAACUCCACCAUGAUACAAUCUAAAGGCCUCUAGUCUUCCUCUAGCAGCUGCUGAGGCAAACUGACUGUGUGGGUUUUCUUCAUGAACUGGGCCGUGAUGAAAGGGACGGCGGGGACACCGCUGCAAAGCUGAAACCUCACCGGCCCGGACACGGGGACAGAUUGACAAGUGACUUUUCUUUUGCUCGGUCCCGAUGCGCGCGCACGGAGC